UGGGAUCGUUACAGACAUUGGAUGAGCGCAAUUACUCUACAUCUUGGGAGUAACGCACGGACUUUCUCCUAGGACUAUAGGAAAUUCACUUCCCGUUGGCCGGAGUUCGCAGUGAUCAACUGGUCAACAAGUAGGUUGUCUGUAACUGCUGGAUGUAGAUGUUGGGAAAGUUACCAUUCUCGGUGUAUGGAGACACUGCGGUGAACUAGGUUCACAGACUGCGUUUCCAUGGAAACGGAAUAAACAACUCAGGAGAAGGAAUUCAGUAAAGGAUGGAUAGUGUGCUGUGUCAAAAGUGAUCAGCGACAUUUUGUGAUUGGCUAAACGGGUGAUGACGUCACGAGUGGUCCGUGGAUGCUAGCAGCUGUGUGCCCAUUGAUAUGAAAUAUUUAUAGAAGUACUGAUGUGCGAUCGCGCGGUCUAGCAUUGAUUGGCGUAAUUCAAGCAACGAUUCGCAAACACGCCUUUGUGCGAACCCGCGAUGAGGAUAUAGAGUCUGCGGAACAAUCACCUAUAUUGGAUUGAUGAAAGUUUACUUAGUGUUGUAAGCCGGCGGUUAUAUAAAGCAAUCGAGAUGAAUUUGGAAAUACCAGAAGGGCUUGGAGACUUGCUGCGAGACUUCACUGUGGCAGUGCUGCGGGAGAGGCCUGGAGACCUUUACGAUUUCGCUGUGGAUUAUUUCACAAAAGCCCGUGAAAGAAAAAAGCCAAAGGAUGUCCCCAUGUAUAUCAUCGUAGAGGAUGACGAGGACGCAGGGGAGCCGAACAUGGCGACGUUCAAACCGAGGUCAAAUCGGAACCGUUACGCACGACGUCAGUCGGUGUCCGCCGAGCGGUACGACCCGGAGGAGGAUGACAGCGAUGAAGAUAGAGUUAUCCAUCCCAAAUCUGACCAACAGAGGGAGCGACUAACGGAAGCAGUUGCUGGGAUAUUGCUCUUUCGUAGCCUUGACACUGACCAAAUGCAAGAGGUCAUUGACGCCAUGUUUGAACGUACCGUCACACCCGGAGAGACUGUUAUUGCGCAAGGCGACGACGGUGACAACUUUUACGUCAUUGAUUCAGGCAUUUACGACGUCUACGUCGACGUGAAGGGAGAGAAUAAGAAAGUUCACCAGUUUGAUAAUAGGGGAAGCUUUGGUGAAUUAGCCCUUAUGUAUAACAUGCCCCGGUCUGCAACAGUCGUGGCGGUGUUGACAGACGGGUCACUCUGGGCCAUGGACAGAAGCUCCUUCAGAAGGAUUGUACUCAAAAGUGCCUUCAAGAAGCGAAAAAAGUAUGAAACAUUGUUAGAGACUGUAACGAUCCUUCAGUGCUUAGAUCAGUAUGAGAGAAUGACGCUGGCGGACGCACUGGUGGGUCAGACGUACGAGGAUGGCCACGCCAUCAUCGAACAGGGCAACGACGCUGACGGUAUGUACUUCGUGGAAGACGGCCACAUACGCGUCACGAUUAAUAACGCGGACGGCGUGGAGCAGGAGAUAGCAACUAGAUCCAAUGGAACGUACUUCGGAGAGUUAGCGUUGAUAGAAAAUAAACCACGUACAGCAAACGUGUACGCAGUAGGAAAAGUAAAGGUUGCCUUUUUGGAAAGAGGAUCCUUUGAAAGACUUUUAGGUCCCUGUGUUGAUAUAAUGAAAAGAAAUAGUCAGUUGUACACAAUGUACGUGGCCAAAUGAUCGUCUCUUGGGGAGCUGUGACGUAUUCGUGACAUUACGACAGUCCGCGUACCUCUGAAGUCUGCGUGGACACAUUCGUGUAACUUGGCCAGUUACCUCCAGAAAUACACAUCCGAGGCCAGAAGAAGAUAUUGUGAGUGGUCUGUGAAUAUAUGAUGUACGCUUCUUGUUUCGUCUUGUAAUGGAUGUUGGUCCACGUUAGAUUUGUGGAGUGAUGGCCGGGAGAGAAUAGCGUCCACGUGCGAGCUGACUGUUUCCAGACGUGCACUGCAGCAGAUAACAUGUAUACCUGGUAUGGAUCUCAAAAUUUAAUAUCCCUAUUAAUGGAGGCGGGGUUACAUGAUCACCAGGAGAGGAGAGCGCCUGAACAAAAGAACAUAACGAUUUCAAUCAACCAGGCUUCCUUUGAAAUGCUUUGUAUCGGCUCGUGUAUCAAUUUAUGCACAGGAUCAAUGUGUCUAAUACUCACCCUCAAAGAUGACCUUGACCUUGAAAUAUCUAUAUAUCUAUAUCGUGUGUCUGUUUAUGACGUACUGUGUGACGCACGAUAUGCACGUGUUCUAACUGGAACCUUCAUAAAUGCACGACUGUGAUGUGAUCAUUUCUAGUAUGUAGAACCUUUCCACCCUUCGUCCAGUCUCAACAUAUAUAUUGUUUUGCUGAAUUCGUCUGCUUCUAAACUCUACAGGGAAAACUGUUGAAGUUUAACUGGUGCUUUAAACUUGCAUAUCUGCUUACGAAAACAUGCAUUAUGGAAAAGGUUGGAAAUAUUAACGAAUUGUUCGAAUACAUUGGCGGCAUAGAGAGGAUUUAUUCCAUUUGUUGAGAUUUAGUUGCUCAUUUCCAAUGAAAAAUAUGAGAAUAAAUUAUCCCUUUCGGGAUCAGAAUGCCAGGCGCCAAAAAUGGAAACGAUAUUCAUCGUGAUCUGUGUUAUAUCCAGGUGUUAUAGCCACGUGUUAUAGCCGAGAUGUGGAUAUAUAGUGCAACAGAGAACGUCAUGAAAAGUUAAAAACAGAAUCGCACCUGAUACGGAUUAUGUGCUGGCAGAUACCUCACAAUGGAGUAUAUUUCAGAUAACGUUGCCGUUAUGAAUGGAUGGUUACUGUCAGAGGAGCCACUAGGUACCCGUAUAGAGUUCUCCAACCUCUGCCAAAUCCAGGAACAAUUAUCCCAGCAGACGACGUCACAUCUCCAUCAUGGAGUAACUGAAUAUAUGUUCAAACAAUAUUGGAGCGUGUAGGUUUUGAUGUAGGUUACAUGACGUACAAAGCAUCCUUCUAUAUAGUGUCGUCUGCUCGCGCAGAAGCAGACGACAGCUGUAGAGUAUGUAAAAGGCUGCACCUGGAUCUGCCGAUUUAACAUCUGCGCAUGUUAAUCCAAUUAUUUACUAGUUUGUUUCAUUUUGUUGUUAUGAACUGACUCUGUAAAUUGACCUUGUCAAUGUUAAACAGAAAGCUGUGUUGAACACUUAUGGUUCAAUUGGUUGUGAUACUGAAUUCGUGUCCUCAUUUUCAGAUUGAUCGCAAUCACAAUACAUAACAUCAUACACUCUGUUACAGUAGUGUUGAAUGAACAUAUUAACGCAACGCACUGCAAAUUUAAGAAACCUGUUCAUCAAAUAGUAUCUUCAAAAGUAAUUUUGUAACUUUCAGAAUAUAUUUUGAAAAUGGGAGCACAAGAGGAUUACAUAUUGUUAAUAUCGUAUAGCAAUAGGUGCCUUUGGUUUAUUUUCAAGAUUUAGGUAAUGAAAAGAUAUUAAUUCUUUAUCUGAAGUGUAGAUUAGAUUCUAGCCUGAAUUAUAUUACAAAUCUAUAAAACGUUUAUAUGGGAUUAAUUGUAAUGUUAUUCCCUAGUUAUUGUUGCCAUGGUUACUGUUUACGUGGAUUGUUUUGCCAGCGUUAUACACGGAAUCAGAAGAUGUGAUACACUGUACCCGAGAAUGAUUGACAAGUUAUAGAUAUAUUAAUGUAAGAAUUCAACAAGUGGCGUACUUCCGUGUGGUGUUUGUGUACAUUGUCUUUUGUUUCUCUUGAAUCCAUAAAUUAUAGAUACAUGA